AGUUUCGGUGGCGGAGCGGUGCUAGGAUCGUGUGCCAGUCUCCGCGCGUGCCCCGCAGUCCGUCGCCAUCGCUGCAGGGUUGUCGUUGCCGUCGCGGCGGGGCUGGAUCGUCGGUGGGUGGCCGCCUCCGCGUGAGUGACGCACUGAGGGGCGGACCGGGCCGUGACGGGGCCCCGUGACGUCAGAGAGCCGCCGCGCCGCGCCGCCGACCGGUCAGCGAGCUGCGACUGACGGCGGGCUGAGCAGCGACGACAGACGGCCAUCGCAGACGACGGCGACGCACCGCGACAACCGUGGCGCAGCGCGACGAUCACGACGCGAGAAGGCUCGCCGCUGACGCUCUCAGAUAUAGGCUAGAGUGGAGAGCACCAGCCAUGGAGCCGGCACUGCUUCGACAUCUGGACCACCCGUCGCUGCGCGGCACUCCUCUGGCGAUGCUGGCAGCCCAGUGCAACAAGCUAACCAGCAAGUCACCCCCAGCUCUCGCCGACGCCGCCGUCGGUAAGGGCUUCACCCCCUGGAAGAAGAACGGUCCCGCCGCGUCGUCCCCGGGCGCGCAGCCGUCCCGCUCGUCUCCGGCAGCCAGCUCGACGGCAGCUGCGGCGCUCAGCUACUCGCGACCUGCCACCAACAGCAGCUCAUCCAGCAGCCUCUCCGGCUACGGCAGCGGCGAGUACUUCUCGGCAGCUGCCAUGAGCUCGGGGGCCGACGCGGUGGGUUCCCACUUCUCACCCAUGUCUUCAGUAUACGGCCGCGUUCCGGGUCAUCCCUACGACCAGUGGCCCUUCGCUGGAGCCGCCGGCACGGGUGCCGUCAAACCCGAGGUGUCUGCCAACUCUUGGUGGGACAUGCACUCGGCGGCCGCUGCGCAGGCCAACUGGAUCGAGAUGUCCAACGCGGCUGCCGGUCAGGCGCUCGCUGGUGGCAUGCCUGGCGCGAUGACGCAGAUGACAUACCCAGUGACGUCCGAUUACUCGUCGCUCGGCUUCGGCUCGAACGCCCACCUGCUGGCGUCUUCGGGUCAGCACCUGCUGCAGGACACCUACAAGUCGAUGCUGCCCGGCCAGACGAUGCCGGGAGCGGUGGGCUCGCCGUUCGGUCUCGCUCAGAGCAGCCUCGGACCGGUGGGUUCGUCACGCUCCCAGAGGCGCUACACGGGUCGGGCUACCUGCGACUGUCCCAACUGCGCCGAGGCGGAGAGACUCGGCCCGGCGGCGGCGCUUCACCUGCGCAAGAAGAGCGUCCACUCGUGCCACAUCCCCGGCUGUGGCAAGGUGUACAACAAGAGCUCCCACCUGAAGGCCCACUUGCGCUGGCACACCGGUGAGCGGCCGUUCGUCUGCAACUGGCUCUUCUGCGGGAAGAGAUUCACGCGCUCGGACGAGCUCCAGCGUCAUCUGCGCACCCACACCGGCGAGAAGCGCUUCGCGUGCCCGCUGUGCAACAAGAAAUUCAUGCGGUCUGAUCACCUGGCCAAGCACUCCAAGACGCACUCUGACGAGCCCGGCUGCAAGGGCUCCGGCUCGGACUCCGAGUCUCCUAGCGAGGGUCAGUCGGUGAGCUCCCCGGCCUCUGUGCACACGCCUCCCCUGCACGGCAGUGCGGCCACCUCACCUGUCGACGUCAAACCCGCCCUGUAGCCGUAUCACCGUGUGCGUAUGUCUGUCUGUGUGUAUGUGUGACUGUCGAUUCGUUGUGCCGUCGAUGUGUGUGCCGUCGACGCCGUCGUAUCGGCGGCGUCGUGAGUUGUCGCUGCUGUCGCGUGUGUUCUCCGUGGUCCGCUGGGCGCGAGCGUGCUGCCGACAUAGUUCCUCUCCCCGUUUUGUGCGUCGCCCGUGAGCCCGCCCGCGCCGUGUCUGUGCCAAAAUAACCACAAUGUAUCACGGGUGUUAUCUAGUGCGCACGGCAGCGCGCGCCUCCGCGGACAACUGUGAUGUUCCUGGGCGGUCGGCCGCCCCCGCCCCCGCCCCCGCCCGCGCGGCACGGCCCCGCCAUCGAUGUACAUAAGGGGGUCUUGGCAUAUUAUGAUUUGCGUGCUGUUCGGUUGUGCACCGGAUCGCGCUGACACGUUUUAUUCGUGGCUGACUGCUGGACUUGUUGUGACGAUUAUUUUGUUGAUUUUUUAGUGGCUCGUCGGGUGCCGCGCUUGUCGAAUGUGCUAUAAAUAGUGACUGUUCUUUGCGCGGUAUCUUCAUAAUAUUCUGUACAAAUAUGGCAAUGACAAUAAUAACAAACACUGCUAUGCACA